CGUCGUCGAGAAAUCACGUGCCGAUUAAAUUGUCCGCCACUUUACAUAAAGUGCCCGACGAUUUGCGUACACUUGCGGACGUUUUCUGACAAACUGUCGCCUAAGUUUACGAGUUUAUUUUUUACUGUGCUAGUUUAAUAUAGAAGUUAGGGAGCAAGAGUGCAAGCCAAUUAAAGUAAUAAACUUGAAGUGCAGUGUAUAAUUUUGGAUUGACGUCAAUUGCGUACGCUGAACGUAAAAUGUUGAUGUUUUAAAUUCUUACGAGUGCGUACGCUCUGGAACUAAAGUGUUGCCUAAUAAAACUUCUUUAUUUGUGUUUUGGCCAAGUUUAACGGGUAAUAAAAAGUGUUAAUGUCUUAGGCUGAGCAUUAUAAAGUGUUUUAGAUUUACUGGCCAUAAAAAGUGGAGUUUCAGACAUCUUUCUGUGUACACUGUGAGCAUGAAAAGCGUUAUUGUGUAACUUUUAAAACGUUGUCGGUGUACAUAGCGGGCCAUGGGAAAUGUGAAGUUGUGAAAUGACGGUAAUGUGUCGGACGUGAUACGGUUGAGUGCCGGAUCCGUGGGUCAUGGGGAUCAUCAUCGGGACGUGCGUGCCGGACGCGGAGCCGGACGCGGCGGCGUACGGCGCGCAGCUUCGCCGUCCGCCACGGAGGAUACUUUACGGAAUCAAAUGUCCAGUGUGCAGCAAAUUUGUGCUGCCAGAUGACAUCGAGUGCCACCUCGUCAUGUGUCUCACUAGGCCUCGCCUUUCCUAUAACGAGGACGUGCUCUCCGACUCAAAGGGCGAGUGCGUGAUCUGUCUCGAGGAGCUCACCGCUGGUGACACCAUCGCGAGGCUGCCCUGCCUCUGCAUCUACCACAAGGGAUGUAUAGACCAAUGGUUCGAGGUGAACAGAUCGUGUCCGGAGCACCCCGGCGACUAGGCGCCGCCCGCCCGGACCCACAGUGCCAUGCGCUAGUCGCGAGUGAUACUUUUAUACAAUGAACAGACUGCGGCAAACGCCUUGUAAAUAUAUUAUGCUAGUGAGAUGUUUUACCAAUUAAAAAAUAAAAAUUAAAAAAUAAACGGUGCGUCCAGAUCUGGCGAAUGCGCCGUGCGCGCCAUUUUGCAAAAGGAUCGCUAGAGUCGCACCGAGAUAAACUUAGGCUUAGCACGAGUGCGUCGCGACAGGGUGUGUUCGUACCAUUACCUGAGGAUAGUCAUUUAGAGUAAAGGCCCUUUUGUCUAUUAUUUGACAACAAUCUAUUUUUCAGAGAGAUGAGUUGAUAAUCUGUUCGACCUUUAACCUUUUGAACGCCAAACGGUGCAUCCAUUUGCCGUGCCCGUGCCACUGACGCCACGGGGGUAAAAUUUAGUUUUGUGAAUAAAUAAUGCCAACCUAAAAGUGGGGUGUUUUUCAGUAGAUUUUCAUAAAAAAACUAUCGAUGUCAAUUGCCGUCUGUGGCGUUCAAAAGGUUAAGAUGGUUCUGACGACUUUUUACUAUCUGGUCAUUUCCGUGUUUUGCGGUAAACUUAACAAUUUCUUUGUAUUCUUAAGUAAGUACGCUGUGAAAUGAAUUGGCCAAAAAGAAAAACGAAACACUAUAUCUAGCACGCGAUAGACUACCCAUCCUUUUCUAAUUAAUACAGUUAGAAAAAACAGGUAGUCUAUCUCGCACGUGAGAUACUGUCGCGGCGCGCACGUGCUAAGCUUACCGCACGGAUUUUACUGUGGAAGUGCCAUCGUAAACGUCAAAUUCCUAUGAAAAUAUGACGUUAAAAUAACAUUUUCACUUCAAAAUUUGUGCAUAGUUACCUUAGACGGACUUUAACUGCUAGCGUGCAUUUCGUGUGCAGGUAAUCGGUUCGCGAAUGACGCGCGAACGAAUUCGGCAGAUCUGGACUUACCUAAAGACAAUUAUAGUAAUGGGAAAUUCGCGGUGAAGUUUUAAUUUUAAAUGAGAAAAUGUAAAUUUUACAAAGUUACUCUUUAGUUGAAGGCAUUAUGAAAUUGAGUGAUAUAAUUGUUUUUAUUUUAUAUUGUAUCUAUAAGCGUUGGUGGUCUCUCGGGCUGUGAUUAGGUUUUGACCUUUUGACCGCCCUGGCUUAUAGUGAGUGCAUUUGGUGUCGUUAUGACGUCGCUGAUGGGUAAAUUUUAGAACGUUUGUCCUAUUUCCUAUAAAAUCUAGUUUAAUUUGUGUGGAAGGUUAUCUCAUACCACAAUUGAUAGACGGUGAUUUAGUGCAACUGAACCUUAAGCCCUAUUUAGACGAUGCGAGUUUCAUUACAUUGCGGUUUUUGAUCGGUCGGUUGAAUUGGACGUAACCAACAGUCCGCAAUGUAACUAAAAUCGCAUGCGAGUUCGCGGGCCGUCUAAAUCAGCCUUUAGUCGUCUCAGAUCUAUAUUCUAUUUGUCUCAUGAUCAAUAAGAACUAAGCGUUUAUAGCAAUAUUUCUUUAUUGAGAAGGCAAAUAAAGCGCUUUGAUUUACCCAAUGACGUCUAAGUAAAAAAUCUUACUUUCAGGCUUGGUUUUGUUGUUAUACCUACUUAGGUAUUAUACUUUGUUUAUUAGUUAUGUCAUAAACCAUACUGUAUAAUAUUUAAUAAUUGCUUGGUUUUACAAAGAUAUGUUACUCCUUAUAUCAAUAUUGUCAAAAAUGUCCUGUAUAUUCAUUGAUAAGGUUUAACAAAUCUUUUUUUUUUUUUAAACAACUCUAAGCCUAAUAAUAUUUAUAGAACCGACUCUAGAAUGCUUUAAAUUAUAAAUUAGGACGGUUAAAAGUUUCACAAUUAUAACUUAGCUCCCUUAACACCUAAUUUUAAUAUAAUACCUACGCCUUAGUUAAUAUUAUAUUACAGAUGUAGUGCAUAAUUGUUUUCCUUCAUAUUUUCUCGGAAACGUUCGUAUUUGUCAUGCUACUUCAGACAACGUCAGUACUUUUUGUACCGAGACCUUAGAGCAUUUAAUAACUGGAGACGCAUUGGCUGUCAUUUUCUGUACAAAACAGUCUGCCAAUUUAUGUGGGGGAGGGGCACGUCAAAUAUAUGGCUAUUUGUACAUGAUUUGUACGUAACGUACAAAUAGCCAUGUCGAUAAACGUCAGUCAAUACAAAAGUUUGCACAAUUGUGCAAGGUUUUUGGCAGAGGGGUAAGCUUUUAAAGGCGACUCCGGUUAUUAAAUGCUCUAAGGCCGAGACUGACUCAAAUAGCAAGACACGUUCGUACGUUUCCGUGAAAAUACGAUGGAAAAUAAUUACGCACAUCUGUAACCUAUAUAGUUCGAGAGACCAGAACUUAGCUCUUACGCUAUAGUGACACCUCCACCUGGUUCGGUUCCGUGCAGGUGACAUAUCUGUUUCUUAAGCUUAUAUAUAAUAUAUGAUUUAAUUUUUCAUCUUGAUAAUAAAGUUGAUUUGUUUCUAAAUUUU